AUGGACGAUCAUGACGUUGACAUGGAUAACGGCGGCUCGGCGCAUUACGGGCACAACGGAAACGACCGCUAUCGUGGUGGAGGAAACGAUGAUGGAAUGGAUGGCGGUGGAGGGGAGGACGACUACUAUGGCGGAGAUGGAAAAGGAGAACCCCCACACGAUGACGAUGACGAGUAUGGCGGCGGAUUUCCUCCCGGCGGCCCACCAUUUCGUGGACGUGGAGGCUUUCGUGGUCGAGGCUGGCCUCCUGGUGGCCCCGGUGAUGAUGUUCCGUACAAUGGACCAGCUGGUGGGCCGCCUUUUCGUGGAGGACCCCCGCAUGGCUUUCGAGGAGGAUUUCGUGGAGGAAUGGGUGGACCAUCAGGCCCUGGAGGACCUGGAAUGGGACCGCCGGGUGAAGAGGGAUUUCCACCUUUCAGAGGACGCGGUGGCUUUCGUGGCGAUUUUCGAGGGGGACGGGGCGUCGCUUUCACUUCGCGCCCAGCUGGACCACCAGGAGGACCGCCUGGAAUGUGGCGAGGAGGACCAGGACCGUACAGAGGAGGCCCGCCCGGACGAUUUGGAUUCUUCAACGGUCCACCGAUGAUGUCAGCUGGCGAUCGUCUGAAAAAGUUGGCUGGUUGUCUACCGACGGAAGAGCUUUGGGUCGAAACGAAAUCGCCGGAGGGGAAGGUCUACUUCUACCACGCUGUGACAAGGGAGACUGCAUGGGAGCGGCCAGAAGCUUCGAAGAUCGUGUCGCAGGAAGAAUUGACUGAGUUGAUUGCGCGCGCUACUGAAGAAGAGAAAGCUGAAAGAGAGCGAGCUAUGCCACCAAUGAUGCCACCAGGAGGAGGCCCUGGUUAUCCACCAAUGGGAGGUCCACCUUAUGGUGGAGGCCCUCCAGGGAAAGUUGACGACGCUUGGCAAGAAUUCACAGCUCCAGAUGGACGAAAGUACUACUUCAACGCGAUCACUCAGGAGAACACAUGGGAUAAGCCGGCUGCACUGAGGAAGCGAGAAGUUGACACUGAAGUACCACUUGAUGAAGUAACUUUGGCUGCUAGAGCUAAAGCCCAACAGGCAUUGGCUGAAGUGCAAGCGAAACUCGCUGAAGCUCAAGCAGUGAAGGCUCGUGAAGAUGCUAGACCAACUACUACUGUUGUUGCAAAGGUCUUCUUUUUCAAUCCAUCUACUCGCACUUCUGUCUGGGAGCGACCACCUGAAUUAUACAAUCGUGCCGAUGUUGAUAAGUUGAUCACCGAACCGCCAAAGACAGAUGGCUCAGCUCCACCACCAAAUCAACCACAGCCGGGUGAUAGCGAUGGAGAAAGCGAUGAGGCUAAUGAUGAUCACCAUGGACCACCACAAGCCAAGAAGAGCCGACAGGAAAAGAAAAGGGAAGCACAACUGCGACAACAAUUGGCGGCAGCUGAAGCAGCGAAAGCAGCUAAGCAACCAGUGCGCCAGAUGCUCGACAAGCAACCAGAUCCCGCUAUUCAGGCUGAACUCGAGGCUCAAAAUAAGAGAAACCAGGUUCCAUUGGAAGAGCGAUUGAAGCACUUCAAAGACAUGCUCGUUGAGAAGGAUAUUGCCACAAAUAGUACAUUCGAGAAGGAAUUGAGCAAGAUUGUCUUCGAUCCACGCUACCUUCUGCUUUCCGCCAAUGAGCGCCGAGCGGCUUUCGAAGCUUUUGUGAAGGAGAAAACGGAGAAGGAGCGCACAGAAAAGAAGAAAAAAGCCAAGGAAGCAAAGGAGAAAUUCCUAGAAUUGCUGAAAGAGGCGGAAUUGCACGGAAAGUCAUCUUUCUCGUCAUUCUCUUCGAAGUUUGGCAAGGACACUAGAUUCAAAUCAGUUGAAAAGAUGCGUGAUAGAGAGGAUAUGUUCAACGAGUUUGUUGGCGAGUUGCACAAGAAGGAGAAGGACGAACGCAAGGAUAAGAAAGACAAGGCGAAGAAAGCUUUCUUGGAGCUGCUUAAUGAGCAAAAUGGUCUCACGCGCAAGUCAAAAUGGAAGGAAGUGAAAAAGGCGCUUGAAGAUGAUGAACGUUACAAAGAUAAGUAUCUCGACAGUUCUCUUCGUGAAUCAUUGUUCAAGGAUCAUGUGGAUAAACUUGCUGAUGAGACACUUUCAGAUCAAGAAGAGGAAGCGGCUCGCGAGAAACGACUUGCAACUGAAGCGGCCAUUGCUAAACGGCAAGAAGAAGUGGAAGCCGAGCUGGGUGAACAAAUGCAAGAACGACGCAAGGAACUUGAGCGCCAUAAGAAAGAAGAACAUGAGCAGACUUUCAAAGCUCUUUGCAAUGAUUUAAUAAAAUCGGCUGACAUGUCAUGGCAUGAUGGAAAGCGAGUGCUCCGAAAGGACAAUCGUUAUGAAGAAUGCGAUCUCUUGGACAAGUCGGACAAGGAAAAGCUUUAUGGUGAACAUCUGAAGACACUAGACAAGAAGCGAAGAGAAGCUUUCAAAAAAUUGCUCACCGAGCACGAGGAAAUUGAUCACGGCAUGAGAUGGAAAGAUGCUAGAAAGAUCAUUGAAAAGGAUGAAGUCUUCCAGAAAUGUCUUGGGCAACUCUCCGAAAGAAAAAUCGAGCGUGAAUUCCGCGAUUGGGUUGAGGAGAAACAUGAUCAAGCUGUUCGUGACUUCAAGGACUUGUUGAAAGAAACUCCAAUCAUCACCUUUGAAAGUAAGAAGAAGAUGGAGGACAACGAGCAACAUUUGAAGGAUAUUCUAGCAAUCCUUGAGAAAGACAAGCGCUACUUGGUGUUGAAAGACUCUGGCUCGGAGCGUGAUCGCAUGCUGGAAGAAUUUGUGGACAAGUUGGCUCGCUCUGGUCCUCCUCCACCACCCACGCAACAGGAGGGACGCCGUAAAACGGACAGUCCACGAUUCCCAGGUCCGAGCCCCGGCAAGUUUGUUCAACAAAUCGUCGAGUUUAAAGGAAAGGUACUCAACACCUGGUACAGCGAG